AUGGGUUAUCGAGUAUACGUUGGACGUCUUUCGCACGAUGCCACAAAAGAAGAUUUGGAAGGCUUAUUUAAGAAGUAUGGAAAGUUGCUUGAUGUCACUGUGAAGACUGGCUUUGGCUUUGUCGAAUUUAGCGACAAGAUCGAUGCUGAAGAUGCAGUCCACGACAUCAACGACACUCGCUUCCUAGGCCAAAGAAUCGUCGUUGAGUUGGCUAUGAACCGUCGUCGCGAUGACCGCCGCGACGAUCGUCGUAAAGUGUACCGUGUGAUCGUCAAGAACAUACCUCCCAAGACAACCUGGCAGGAUCUCAAGGACUACAUGAAGAAGGCUGGCCAUGUCGCAUUUGCCGAUGUUCUCAAGGGUCGUAACGGCGAAGGUGUCGUUGAAUUCUCUAAACGUGAGGAUAUGAAAUACGCACUGAGAAAGUUGGAUGAUGGCCGAUUGAAUGGUCAGCGAAUCAGUCUCCAUGAGCCCGUAAGUCUUUUUCUUAUUCUGUUUUUGUCUUGUCUUACUUUAUUUUAUUUUGGCAUCGCUUGUUUUAAUUGCGUAUAUAACCACUAA